AUUGCCUAAGUAAUACACUUAUAUAGGGAGUAGGACGGUAUUUGAUAUUUAACGUGUCAAAAGCUGCACAUGAUACUGUACGGUUCUCUAAAUGUAGUUGGGCAAGUAUUCAGCACAUGGCAACAUUGUUAGUAAAUUUGGCCCAUAUUUGUUUUCUCUUAAUAUGGGUUGCAGUGUGGAUGACGGAGAGCAAAAAUGUGCGGCACUCUAUGGAUGAUGACCUCUUGUUGCCCUAUGCUGGUACUCAUGGCCCGUCUCAUUCCCAUCGGUACGUGAGGGACUGUCAGCCUCUCAUCCACGGAAACUUAACCCAUGAAACCUGGCCAGCUAGUGUGCACCCUGGACUUCCUGUAGUAGAAUCCAAGACUUUUGUCUCAGGAAUCGGCAACAGUGCAGUGAAAUGGGUGAGUGGCCACAUCACAGUGGUUCAUGACCCGCUGAGAACAGUGUCAGUGCUGGAGCCUGGAGGCCCCGGAGGCUGUAAGAGUUUCCGUAGAGAACUUGUGGAAAGCACUGCUAAAACAAGGAAGUGUCUGAUCGCGCAGAAUAGUGGAUAUUUUGUCACUAAAGAUGGACAGUGCUUAGGGAACAUUGUGAGCGAUGGCAGACUGGUACAGAAUAGCGGAGGAGUGCAGAACGCUCAGUUCGGCAUCAGGAAGGAUGGCACGAUGGUGUUUGGGUAUCUAUCCGAGGAGGAGGUUUUGGACAGAGUAAACCCUUUUGUGCAGCUGGUCAGUGGGGUGGUGUGGCUGCUCAGGUCGGGAGAAGUUUACAUCAACGAGAGUUUGCAGGCUGAAUGUGCCAAGACUCAGGAGACAGGAACAUUCCAGACUUUCGUCGAUGUGAUCUCAGCCCGGACAGCAGUGGGCCAUGAUGCGGAGGGCAGACUCGUUUUCUUCCACAUUGAUGGCCAGACAAAAACCAGAGGUAUGAACCUGUGGGAGGUGGCGGAGUUCCUGAAGAAGCAGGGAGUCAUCAAUGCCAUCAAUCUGGACGGAGGUGGCUCUUCCACUUAUGUCCUUAAUGGGUCACUGGCAAGUUUCCCCUCAGAUCACUGUGCGGAUCCAAUGUGGCGCUGCCCUCGGGCCGUGUCCACUGUGCUGUGUGUGCACGAGCGUCUCUGUCAGCCUGAGGACUGCAACCAGCACGGGACCUGCGUGGACGGCCAGUGUGUGUGCCAACCCGGCUGGGCCGCGCCCACUUGUGCCAAUUUAACCUGCCAGCCAGCAGACUGUGGAGACCAUGGGCUCUGCACGCCAGAUGGCUGUGUGUGCGAUGCAGGGUGGAUAGGUGUGAACUGCAGUCAGGAGUGUUCAGCAGGUUUCUAUGGCGAUAAAUGUAAGAAGACGUGCAUGUGCGUAAAUGGAGGAUCUUGUGACCCUGUCCAUGGGCGAUGCACUUGUCCUGCUGGUUUUCAUGGAGUUUCCUGUGAGCAAGAAUGUCCUCUAGGCUUCUAUGGGCUUCGAUGUUUGCAGGAGUGCCAGUGUAGUGAACUUUGCCCUUGUGACCCUGUAACGGGAAGCUGCAAUGCAACAUUCCACAGCCAGAGAAAUACCAGUGUGCUGCAGAGAGCUGGCCACUGCCUAGCCACCCAAAUGUGGAAGGAGUGGAGAGAGCAAGAGGAGGCUCAUACGCACAAGCCUUAUCUGUCUGAGCAGAGCUGGAUGGUUAUCGCUGCCGUCUUGGCUGCAAUCUUGCUGACCAGUCUCACUGGAAACUUAAUCCAAGUGUGUGGAAAAUGCAGAGGGCAUCCACAGCAGGAAUAUUCCUAUGUACCUCUAGAGGAAGUUAACGGAUCUAGGGGCCGUCCGAGACACUCGAGGACGCAACCCGCCAAAGCCCUCUUUCAACCAGAUGACUCAGACUCACAAGACUCCUCCUAGCCUAUGUAUGUCUGUCCCCUACAUGGCCUGUGCAAUCAGGAAUAAGAUGCCUCUUGGGGUAUGUCCUCAAUAACCCUGAAGUUUAUUCAUCACACAGAGAAGCAGACGUUCCUACAUGUCAACCUGCUGAUAGUCAGUGAGUUCACAGAGCUCCUCACAGCCAAUACUGUGGUCAAAAUAAAACCCACAAGCAAACAGGAGCCACUGAGUCUCUAAAUUCAACCAAUGACUUAUCCCUUUUUGUGAAUAUGCACAUCUAUGUAUGUCUUCAGUAUCCAUAUCAUGGCCUUUACAACACCGUCAUGUAAACAGGCAUUGUCACUGGCGUGUCUUGAUUUCUUCAUACUCAAUUUGGUUUACAUUUACUCGAUGACUCAGGAACGUCAAAUUUCGGUCACCAGGCUUGAAUAUUAACCAGAGACAUGUGAAAUCAUUAGGCCGCUUCUGGGCUGCUUUGUGUUCUCGAUGUUUGUUUUUUUUUUGUACUACUUGUUGCCAUAGAAGCAGACCAGAACUGAACUGUGAAAUCCCAUAAUAAGGUAUGGCACUGUAUUUACUUUUUAUUUUCUUGUGGAAAGCAGACUUGCCCUGCUUGGCUCACAGCCUAGUACAUGCAAUUUCCCUGGGCAUACAUUGUAAAAAUCAUGCACUGAUUUGUUUUGAUAGAUUCCAAGAAACCGAAACAAGAACAUUUCAAAUGGACUUUGAUCAUUGACACAGCGAGUCUGGUUGGCAGGAUGUGUUAACCCAAAUGAAGGGGCAUUACACCUAAAUAAAUGAGAUGUGGAAGGGGCAGGAUUACCAGAGUCAACCCUUCAGUUUUAGUGCCUUAUAAUACCUGUUGACUCAGUACUCCAAGACAAAGCAUUUUUAUGGUGUCUCGCUUUCUUUUUUUUUUGUACACUAUUUCUAUAGAGUAUCAUUUGAAUCCUUGACCUGUCUGUGAAUUCAACAGUUUUAAUAGCAUUAGAACACAUAGAAAGUGGGCUGCUUUAAUCGCUAGCCAUUUAACAUGUGAGGAUAGUAUUAUGACUAAUUUUAUGAAUCAUUUUGAAAAUGCACAGCUUCAGUGUUUUGUACUUAACUUUGAUAAUUAUGGAGCUCCACCCUCCACCCUGAUGACUUACCCAACCAAAAAUUUACAUUUAUGCUACAAUGUUCCCAUCUAUACUAACUAUGAAGGAGGAAGUUCAAUGCCAGUGUGUUUAUAUGAUUGUGUAAUUCAGUGGUUCCUGUCCCUUGUUCUGGAGGAACCCUUCUCUGCCAUUUUGUUGUCCUUUAGUUUUGGUCUAAUUAACAGGCCCUUGCUGAUACUGCAGUCACGUCAUAUAAGAAUAACUGUUAUUACCAUGCUUCGACUGAGGAAUAUAUUUUACCUCAUUUUCUGAUUGGAAAUGUAAAGCCAGAAUUUUGGGAUCUUCACGAUUUCCCGAACCAAACCUGUAAGUGAGGCAAAAGACUACUUGAAAAUGUUGUGUGUCCAGUUUUCAGGUUAUUUUUCAGUUUGUAUUAAGUUUCAAAAAAUAAGGACAGAAUUAUGCUAACUUUUUAACAUAACCACAGCUAUAUGUUAAACAAAAUGGUAAUGUGCAAACACUGUCCCCUCAAAUUUUCCCACAUGACGUGAAUGUGAUUGAAGCAGGCUUAGGAACAGUUGGGCUUUUUUAUUUUUUGUGUACUACUAAGAGAUUAUCAAGUUUGUCUUAUGUUUACCAUUUUUUUUGUAUGUUUGUUUGUUCUGGCUCUCAGAACUUUGUUCCUGUGGGUUUGUCCCACUCUGCUUUUGUCUGACCCAGUAUUCCCGUCUCACAUUUUAUUGGACCAGUACUUUUUAUUUCCCUUGCUUUAGUAGUUCCACUUGAUCUAAAAGCAACAUGUCAGUUAUUUAUAGUAUGUUUUAUUUCUGUAUUGAUGAUUUUUGGCUUAUGUUUCAAUGUAGUUUUCUAAAUUAAUGUAAGCAAUUACUAAUGGUCUGGUGUUUUUUUAAGUAUUGAGAUAAAUAACAUAAUGUAUAAUUCACACAUUUUACACAUCAAAACCUUGGAUUUAAAAGUUUCUAAGUGGCAUUUUUGACAAAAAUUUUUGUUAUGACUAUUUUGUUAAGAGGACCCUGAAUAUGAUAUUUGAAAAUUGCAAAUAAAAUAUUGAAGCUAUACAGUAUGUAUAAAUUCUAGGAGUUCAUAUCAAACUCAAUGUUAUAAAGCCAUAGAAUAUUAGGAUAGAACCUAAUUUUGGAUUGAUAUUCAACAAUAGUAUUUCACUGCAAUUUACUACAGCAUUCUAAUCCUUUGAUUAUCAUGUAAUAUAAUAAUUCCUAAAGAUUUGAAAAUGUUCAAUGCUUAAAAUGAUGCACUUUUUUAAAUUCUGUAUUAAAAUGUGGUAUGUGAUGAUCAACAGAUGUUUGUUCUCAAGACUAAUUCUACUAAUUCUAAGUGUGAAUUAUUAUUUUGUUUGUUUUGCACUCCCACUUCUCAAGGAAUUCUGACCAAUCUCAUCUGGCCAUAAAGUUAUUGUUUUUGUUUCUAUCUGCCUAUAUUUUCUAAUGAAUUUAAUUGGAUAUAUUUCCCAAAAUGUAAAUAAAUGAGUAAUUUAAACCAUAGUAAUCUUGGCCAGGAUAAAGUCAUUACUGAAAUUGAAUGUAUCCCCAUUCUGCACAAGCAAACUGUAGCAUUCGGUGCAUUCCUAUGUUCAUGAAUGUGACCUUUCUUUGUCUUGAAAGCUUCAUAUCUGUCCACUUAGUCCUGUCUAUAAGAGAGUAGAAAAGGCCCUCUCCUUUUAUUUUUUUUUUAGUCCCAUAGGAUUCCAGUCUACAUGUGCAGCAGUGAACUAUUUACUGUUAUGCUUGAUUACUGCCAAUUCAGCGAUACUUGUGUGGGCUCAAAGUUGACAGGGUUGGACAUAUUUGCUGUAGGUCUCUCUCUCUCUCUGUCUCUCUCUCUGUCUCUCCACCAUCCUCUGCAAUUAAUGCCUGAUUUUGCUAGGGUUAGGGUUAUCAUCAUUUUGGUAUGCCAUUAUAAAAGCUGCAUUGUUUAGUUAAUUGCAUUAAAUGACAGGGUGUUCCACCUGUCACUUUCUAGACCGCCUCAGGCGGGACACUGCCCAUGGUGUGUGCUGUUUAGCUGAUGCAAUCCUCCACCCAGAUAUCAAUCUGUAAGAUCAUUUACAUGAUCUCACAUUUCCUCCCCGUGUGUUACAUAUUAUCUGCAUUCUACUAUGUGUUACACAUAUGAGCAUGGUAUUAUAUUACUUACAGAUCUGUGCUGUUUGCCAAUAUUUAUAAUUGCUUACAAAAAAAAUUAAAUUAAAUUAUUAACUGUAUUAAGUGGCUUUAUUCAUUUAGCAAAAUUAAUGAUGCAUCAAAUUAUGUCAUGGUGUACAUGGUGUACAUGUACCUACACAUCAUUAUAGCCUUGACCACCAAAUUUCAGCUUUGUUUAACACUGACUUCUUCCCUGGGGAGUCAAUAUCACUCGAUUUAACCUACUUAAUUGACAGCUUAUAUCUGCUGAAAGUAUUGUGUUUUAUCUGUUCACUGUAACUGUCAGUCUGUCAGAAUUUUUCCUCUCUGGGAACCUUAUAUACCUUUCUGAAAUAUUUUUAAAGAAAUUAAACUCACUGUUUGUCUUUAUCCCAAACACAAUGUUUUUGUCUUAAUUCCAAGAAAUGAAAUGAAUGGGGGAAAAAAAAAACUCCUGCUACUACAAUGACAUUAGUUGAUUAGGUGUUUUUAAUAACACAGUUCACGGCGAACUCUUGUCGGUGAAGUUGCACAAGAAGUUCAGAACAUGCCGUAAACAUUAACAAAAUUGCAUCAGCCAGAUACCCAGAUGCUGAGAGAUUUGCUGUAUGGAAUGCCUAGUGUUUACAUACUGCCUGGAGACAUUAUCUCAAGCAAAUUUUAGAUUAGAUUGGCUAUAGUAUUUUUUUAAUACUCAUUUUUGUACUUUUAUUCAAAAUUUAUAAAAAAAAAAAAAAAUUGACCGAUUCAUUCAUCUUGGCUCUAUUAGAAUACAUAUUUAUCAGUUAAUACAGAUUCUGUCCAUUAUAUGAAUCGUGUAUUGUGUAUUGUGUAUUGUGUAUGAAAGUGUAUUGUGUGAAGAGGUCUAGUUCACAUACUUGUUACUUUAGUAGGGCAAUAGGGAAAUAAGAUGUAAGAAAAUAUUUACUUUGUAGAAAGAGUACACCUCUCUUAUUAAUCAAACAGUGUGUCACGGGGGAAGCCAGUUUCUAGAAGAAGAGUGUAAUUUUGACAGGAUCACUGAUCCUGAACCAGGACGAAAUGUUUUCAAGAACUGAUCCAACAUUGAUCGCUCUUUCAUCAGCAGCGUAUGACUCAGCGGCUCAAAUAACAUAACUAUGCUUUACUUUUAUUGUUCUAUAACUUCCACAAUAAACUCCUAAACAAGUCCUUAAAAGACUCUUCACCUCAUUAACAAAUGCCUUAAAUAAUCCACUCUGGUUAUAUGUAUUCAAGUCUUUUUCAGUUGGUAUGACACUUUGUCUUUAUCAUU